UCUGUGUCUUUAUUACUCUUGUGCACAGUCUGGUCCUAACAGUUGUUACUAUUUGUUUUCAAGCUCUUUACUCUCUCUGAGGUGAUUGUCUCAUGUCACCCCAACAUUUAAAUCCUUUGAUGUACACACGGAGGUGAAAUCUUCACUUCGUUCUUGUUGCUGCUGUACCUGCUGCCAGGGUUUGCUGCACAGACACGUGGGGAAGUGCAGUGCCUUGCACCGUUUUCCCUUUUCGUGGUUGCACCACCAUCCUGAACUUGGUGGUUUGUCUCUGCCCUCCCCUGGCUGUGCCAUCCACACUCAGGGACACUCUGCUCACAGCAUCUCAUCUAGUUAUGCGUCUUCAAGUCUGAGAACCAGCAGUCAGUUAUUUAUCCAUGUAACUGCCCCUUGGAAAUAAUUUUAGCCUUUUUUUGUCCUUCUGAUUCCUGUCGGACACCAUCCUGGGUCACCUCACUGUCUGAAGGGAGGCACACAGGGAGUGGAGUUCUCGUUCCUCUUGCUUCUGUGGAGAUCCUGAACCCAACUCCACCACAGCCACCGUCUGUGAAGCAUCUCUUUGGCAGCACUAUCCCAGCCCAGGUCCUGUGUGACGUUCAGAGCACGGUUAAGGGCAUCUUGUGGCUUUGGACUUGCAUGUGGCUCCUUGAGCUUCACCUUGGCACGGGGCUGGUGACACCCUGGAGUGGUAUUUGGACGAGGAUGUUGGGAUUUCCUCUGUUCUGUGCUUCCAGCCUCAUUGAGCUCCUGUAACACGGGUCACUGUUGCAGGGCAGCCUCCACUGUCCCUUUGGCACUUCCCAUCCAGAUCUUUGUCUUCCUGGAGGCCUCAUACCCAUGUGUUAGUGUCUACCUUCUGCUCAGCUUCUGAGAACCAAAUCAUUAUGGCCUUAUAAUACCAUUAGUGUCCCAACUUCUGGGUUUCCAGCUCUUCUUGGACUGGUAGCUCCUGUGUGUGUGUGUUCUGGUUCCCUCCUGCCCUGUUCUGUGUGGAGCUGCUUGUCCCAGCUGUUCACUUUCUCCUUUAUUUUGCUAAAACAUGUCCUGUUCUCCUGAGGACAGAGCUCCUCCACCCUGACCCACAAUGUCCAGGGUCUUUUUCUCAGCUAUUGCCUUUUUCCAAAACCCCUGCUUGAGGAGUAGGUGAUGGUGGACAAUCAUGGGUGUCUGGAUCUGAAGGUUCUGGUGACUCUGCUGUGCAUGUCCAGGGCCUGCGCUCCCUGAGCGUGACAGUGUCUGCUCCUCCUGGGAGACAGCAGUGUGGAAUGGAGGAAGGAAUGCUUGUAGGCAUGAGUGCUUCCAGCAGCCCCUCAGUGUGGGGGGGGUUAAACCAGAGGCAGUGGUUUUGUUUAGCAGGGCCCUUUCAGCUCACAGUUGGACACUUUCAGAGCUUCUCUGUUCUGUGUCUGCAGGUGACCGAGAGCUUCCUCAGCAAAGAAGUCACGUACGUGGUGUCCAGCAACAAAGAGGCCAAACGGGACAGAGCCAGGACUGGGGAUGGGAAGCAGAGCAACCCGACUUCAAGAGACACCAAAGCCACGAGCUCAGGGCCUCCUGCCUCCAGAGGGAACCCACCCAGACCUCACCAGAAGCCACCAGACACUGCCCUGCUGAGCCGGGGGAAGGAGCUGCUGCAGAAGGCCAUGAAGAACCAGGACACCUGCAGUGGCAGCAGCAUCCUCGCCAACGCCCGCCUGUGGGGAGUCCAGAUCCUGCACGUGGAUGAAAUGUUGUCCUAUGCCCAGCAGCUGCUGGGAGCCAUCUCAGGAGUGAGGAAACGCUGCCAGAAGACGGAGGGGAAAUGCUUUGCCUCUGGAUCCAAAAUUCACAAAGGAGGAAGGCUGAAGCCCCCUUUUCUGAAGGUUGAAGACCAGAGCAGGCAAUUCCGGCCCUUCCAUCACCAGUUCCAAAGCUUUCCCGACCUGAACUUCCUGGCUCCCAAAAGCUCCAGCCCAUUUGAGCCUCUGAAAAGCCUCUCGAAUUCCUGCCAAGCCAGGGGGGCAGGAGGCUGUGCCCUGCGCAGUGACGGAGGGAAGAGCCCCCGCUCCACCCCAGUGCCCAGGAAACGGAGGGGAUUCUGUGAGUGCUGCCAGGAGACCUUCGAAGAGCUGCACAAGCACCUCCAGAGCCCCCGGCACCAGCGCUUUGCCCGGGAUGACUCCCAGUACAUCCCCGUGGAUCGUGUCAUCUCACAGAUCACCAACAGCUUCCUGCAGUGCUCAGACAGGGUGCCACAGUCCUGCCUGGCAGAUGAAUAUUUAUUGCCUCAAGCACAUGGUACUGGAGGAGUGGAGAUGCUGACAGAGCUGGGAAAGGAAAGGGAGCAGCCUGAGCAGGGUGCUGUGGAACUGGUAAUGGAUAUGGAGCAGGAUCACGACCUGAAGAUCAAGGGAUGUUCCACCUGCCUGCCUGGGGACAGGGUCAGAGAUACCAGAGAAGGAGGGGGGCUGUCAGAACACAGCUCUGUGGGGCUGCCCAGGGGAGCAGAGCUCAGGGGAGGGGUCUGUGCUGCCCCUGGCACCACGGAGGGGGCCGGGCUGGGGGGUGCAGGGCUGGGCUCGGCCCCUACCCUGGGCUGGGGAUCCUGUGCAGGGGCUACUCCUGUCACACAGGCAGUUACUCCUACAUCUGAACCUCGUGGCCAGCAAUUGCCUGGGUCUGUGAGCCACCCCCCAGAGGCACUGCCUGUCCCCAGGAAGCGCCUGCUGUCCCCUAGCCAGAGCUGCCAGGUGGGGAAGAGGCCCAGGCUGGAGUGGGGGGAGCAGGAGGACCCAGUGCGUGGUGGGCUGGGGGCACAGGGUCCCGCCGCGCAGGCCGGGGCGGUGCCGCGGAGGGUCCCUCGGGCCGGAUGGCAGGACGGGCGGGUGGUCUCCCAGAUCACCCACCCCAGCAGGUUGGUGGGGCAGAGCUCGGGAGGAGGAGAAGUCUCAAAGCAUCAGCUGGACACCAGGGUCAGGAAUGAGCCUGGACGAAGAGGAAGAGGAGGACCCGGGCUGCAUCUGGCGCAGGUGAGCUUCGUGGUGCACGCCUUCGGCUCCGCCUUCACCCUCGACCUCCGGCUGAACCACCACCUCCUCGCCUCUCACUACGUGGAGCGGCACCUCGGCGCGGGCGGCAACGGCAGCCACAGCACGGGCGCGGGGGAGCACUGCUACUACCAGGGCCGGAUCCGGGGGCAGCCCCGCUCCUUCGCCGCCCUCUCCAGCUGCCAGGGCCUGCGGGGGGUCUUCUCGGACGGCCGAGCCACCUACCUGAUCGAGCCCCAGGCGGGCGCCGAGCACGGGCAGGGCCUCCGACCGCACGUCGUCCAGCGCGUCCCCAGCUGCCCCCGCCCGGGGGACUGCCGGUGUCCGGACUCGUGGCUGGGCUGUAUCAUGGAGGACACAGGGUAUUACCUCCCGAGGAAGUUUUCCCGAUGCAGCAUCGACGAGUACAACCAAUUCCUGCAGGACGGCGGCGGCAGCUGCCUCUUCAACAAACCCCUGAAGCUCCUGGACCCUCCGGAGUGCGGCAACGGCUUCGUGGAGGCGGGCGAGGAGUGUGACUGUGGCUCGCUGGCGGAGUGUGCAAGGAGUGGGGGGAACUGCUGCAAGAAGUGCACCCUGACCCACGACGCCAUGUGCAGCGACGGGCUCUGCUGCAAGGGCUGCAAGUACGAGCCACGGGGUGUGUCCUGCCGGGAGGCUGUGAACGAGUGUGACAUCCCCGAGAGCUGCACCGGGGACUCCAGCCAGUGUCCCCCCAACCUCCACAAGCUGGAUGGAUACUUCUGUGAGAAUGAGCAGGGACGAUGCUACGGCGGGCGCUGCAAAACCCGAGACCGUCAGUGCAAUGCCCUGUGGGGCCGUGGUGAGUGUGGGCCUGGGCCCGGAAUGCUCUGUCUCGACCGCAAAUGCCUUCCAGCCACCGCCUUUAACUUCAGCUCCUGCCCCGGCAGCUGGGACGGGAAGAUCUGCUUCGACCACGGGGUUUGCAGUAACGAGGGGAAGUGCAUCUGCCGGACGGAGUGGACGGGGAAGGACUGCAGCGUCUACGACCCCAUCCCGGAGCCGAAGCCGACGGGGGAGACGGAGCGAUACAAGGGUCCCAGUGGCACCAAUAUCAUUAUCGGCUCCAUCGCGGGGGCCGUGCUGGUGGCUGCCAUCGUCCUUGGGGGGACAGGCUGGGGAUUUAAGUAAGCAGCCACCGCAUGGCUCGUCCCCUCUGCUGCUGUCACCGGCCACGUCCUCCCCGUGCAC